UACUCACGUGAGUUGUCCUUUUCUCUUGCGUAAGGGACACAAAAUGGCGCCGUUUUCGAUGAAAGAAAUAGUUUCCUUGUGCAUUUUGAGUGUAUUCGUGUUAAUUGAGACAUGUCAUGCUCACCUCUGUUUAAUAAGCCCUGCACAAAGAGGCUCUCUUGCAGGAAUUAACAAAGCAGGUAAUGAUAACUGUUUCCAAGUGAAAGGACCCUGUGGGAAAAUGCCGCCAAGUAAAGAUGGCGUUAUUAUUAGACCAGGCCAGACAUUAAGUGUUACCUUUCAGAAGAAUUUGGAUCAUUUCUUGGGUUCUUCUCCAGGAAACUUUACUGUCGCCUUUGGGAGUGUCUCUGAUGGGAAGUUCCAGCUGCUGACCACCAUACCAGACCAGGGGGAGAAGUCACUGACUCUCUACACAGCGGUGGUGAAAAUUCCACUUGUGAAAGGAAACUAUGCAAUUCAAGUAACAUAUAACACCAAUAACCCUGGAGCACCACCUUCCUUCUAUCAGUGUGCUGAUGUCGUGGUACAAAAUCUGUAGGCUGUACAGGGAAAGAGAGAGUGGGGGAGAGAAAGAGUUCAAACUAGAUGUGUUGGGGUGAUAUGAAUGCCCCUGUACAAGGGCCAUAACUCUGUGAAGAGUUGUACGACCAUACUCAAAUGACUAUUUUGCCUGUGUAUUCUCAUGAUAUAUCCGUAUCCCAAAUUUCAAUUCAAAAUGUCUGUAUGACUGAGAUCAUGAGUAGAAACUGUAAAUUGUUUGAAAUUUUCCAAGUCCAAGGGGCAUAACUCUGCCAGAUAAAUUGUUUUUGACCUGAACCAAAUAUGAACUUGGUGUAUUGUUGUGACAUGUAUCCUAAAUUUCAAUUCAAAAUGUCCAUGUAUGACUGAAAUACUAAGCGAAAAGUCCAAGGGGCACAACUCUUGUCAAAAAUUAUUAUUGUACAUUUAUAUAAUCAACCAAAAGCAAAUAAGAAAACUUGACCUGGAUAUUCUCGUGAUGAAUAUAUGUAUACAAAAUUUUAGUAGAAUACAUGUAUGUGUACUUGUAGGAAAGAUAAUGAAUGGAAACUGAAUCUUAAUGGGGCAACACUACAUGUAUAUAGUGUCAUUUCAUGGUGAGACAUAAAAAUAUUGCUCAAAAUAACAACAAAGACAAGCAUUGAUGUACUAUUAAAUCAUACUUCAUUUGUAGUCCACUAACAAAUGGCCAAAUGGUAGAACUAAAAAGGUUGGCAGUUAAUGAUAUUGAUAUACAGAUUUAUACAGUGUGGAGGGAAAUCUGACAAGUAUUGGGAGACAAAUGUUUUAUUGUAAUACAUUGUGUCUGAUAAAACAGUAUAAAAACAAUGAAAUUGAGAAUGAAACAGAAUGCCCAUUGAAAUGGAUUGCAUGGUUGUUGGACUAGGAAGUUUCACUGUAGUGUGUGCGACAUUGUUUUGUAAUAUUCUGUCUUGAUUCGGAAGUGAAUCUCCUUUCUUUGAUGUAUUGUAUAAACUGCAUUUACAUGUUUCGCAUGAUUAAAUAUUUUAGCAACUCUU